CCUGGAUCAUGUUUGCAUUGCAGCGAACAGAUAUGCAAACAAUGUGUCAUGGGGAAAAAAUGGCCUAGUAAUUUACGGUGCCGGCCGGUUUAUAGCCCUCUAUGACCCUGUGAAAGUGAAACUUUUAGGAACUAUUCCUGGCCACUUAAGUAAUGUCAACGUGGCCCUUUGGCUGCCCAACGGACAAGUUGAUCAAGUGCACCAUUCAGAAUUUGAAUUUGCCAGUGCGAGCGCCGAUCAGUCGAUUUUUAUAUGGAAUAUCCCAUCACUUAAAGAGGGCGCCUUAGAACUUCCAAUAAGAGCUGAAAAAAGUGCCUGCCUAACUGGAAAUGAAGCGGCCAUAACAGGGGUUGCAUGUUUCCUAGAUUCCACCAACAAUUUAUGGCUCGCAUCAGCGGCAGCAGACGGAAAAGUUAGGGUCUGGAGUCGUCGAGGAAAUGAAGUAUUGGGAAAAUGGACACAGAUCAAAGUGUUAGAGUUCAAAUUUAAAUUAGUUGAAGCGUUGGCUAUGACAUGCGCGCCAGACACAACAGAAAUCAUUCUUGCGUGCGGAGGAUCCGACCAUGCAAUACAUGUGUUCAGCUUAGAAACAUCCAAACCGGCGAAUGAGGGGUUACCCAAAGAGGCGCAAUGUAGAGAGGUCGCAUGUUUGACAGGGCACGAAAGCUGGGUUUGUUCUCUGGGAUUCACGGUAGCCGGAAAAAAAGACCAGGAAUGUCUGUUGCUAGCAAGCGCCAGCCAGGAUAAGAGAGUGAGACUGUGGAAAUUCAAAAUGAAACAAGGUGCUACUCAAAAAACAAAUUGUUCGAGUUUACAAAAUUACCAAGUAGAUUUGAAAAAAAAUUCUCAUUUAACUUCUAAUCAAAAAGAGUCUCAGCUAGAAUCCGACUUGCAUACUGACAAUAAAAUUCCAAAUCGUCAAAAGCAAGACGAGAGUCCUGCAUUCGAAAAUUCAAACAAUCAGUCGAAAUGUGUAUCUAGAUCCUGUUGGGAAUGUGAAUUGGAAUCAAUUAUCCUCGCACACGAUGGUUGGGUUUCAGGUGUAUGUUGGUCAUCAGCUCGAGAAGUACUCAAUUUGCUUACAGUUGGCAUGGACAAAACCAUGGCUCUGUGGAAAUUGGACGAAAACACUGGAUUAUGGGUAGAGUCUGUGAGAGUAGGCGAAGUGGGCGAAGUAAGCGCAUUGCAACUUGGAUUUUUUGCUGGAACGCUUUCUCCCGAUGGAAAGUACAUGCUGGGAUUGGGAUAUUCUGGCACUUGGCAUCUGUGGAAAGAAGAAACAGCCAAAAAAGGCGAAGUGUGGAAUUCAAUGGUAACAACUUCAGGACAUUCCGGAGAAGUCAGAGAAAUUUGCUGGGAUCCUAGCUCUUCGUAUUUGGUAUCAGCGUCCAAGGAUCAAACUACAAGAUGCUGGGUGAAAUGGGUACAUUCAAAGCCUAUUCUUAGAGAAGAUGGUACUUUAGAAAUGCCUGUUCCCACCAAUAAUUGGAGUGAACUGGGAAGGAUUCAAGCUCAUGGCUAUGGCAUUUGUGGCUGUGCCUUCAUCCGGAACGAAAAGAUCAGAAUAGCAUCAUGUUCGGAAGAAAAAAUUUUGCGUAUUUUUGAAAUGCCACGCGCUGCCUACAAAACCCUGAACGCUUUGGGAAACAUCCCGCUACCGUCUGAAAGAGUGUGGCAAGAGCUGUCUGUAACCGCGAGCUUACCGGCCUUGGGCCUUUCAAACAAACCUGUCAACGAAAAACAAAUAAAGCAGGACGUGCGCAAGGACGAAGAAGAAUUGCAUUCUCAGAAACAUGGCGCGGGAAAGCAAGAAACAUCUAACGUAAACUCAAGCCGAGAAGAGUGGGAAGAGGCGUUCGUAUCAAACCAUUACCCACCUCACGAAGUGCAGCUCUCGAAGCACACCUUGUGGCCAGAAAUAGCCCAGUUGUACGGACAUGGAAAUAACCUAGUCACAGUAACAAGCUCAAAAAAAGGUGACUUAAUUGCCUCAACAUGUCAUUGUAACGUGCAAACUCAAGAACAGGCAGGCAUUAGACUUUGGGAGACAGAGCACUGGAGACAGGUAAGCGUUCUCGAAGGUCCAGUGUUAACCGUAACCCAGGUGGAGUUCUCUCACGAUGAUCAAUACCUAUUAGCGGUUUCAAGAGACCGUGGGGUAUACCUGUACAGCCGAAGCGAAGAAAAACAAUACAGACUUACUUGGAGCGACAAAAAGACAGCACACCAGAAAAUUGUUUGGAGCGGAUCAUGGAGUAUCGAUGACGAAUACGUUGCCACUGGAUCUAGAGACAAGUGCAUGAAAUUUUGGAAAUUGAAUAGGGAAACGAAUUCGCUUAGAGAAAUAGGCGUAUUCAAGAUGGCCUAUCCAAUCACCUCGGUCGCUUGGAUGCCUUAUAUUGAUGCGACGCUGGGUUACAUCAUAGCCGUCGGAUAUGAGAACGGAGAAAUUACACUGUGGGCUAGCAGCCCGUUGAAAGAUGGUUCCAAUGCUCAAAUAAAACAAGUCAUCCAAAUUUCUUCACAGGACUCACACGUAGGCCAUAUUACACGAAUCGCUUGGGGGCCAGCAACAAAUCGAACGUUUGGAAUGGCAACGGCCUCACUAGAUAGUUCUGUGCGUAUUUUUCAAAUUGUAUUACCUGAAAACGCUCCUUGAAAUUGGCAGGUCUGGAAGAAAAAUCUGCCAAGUCAAGCAGCAAAUCGGCAAAGAAAAAAAAAUAAAUGCUGAGCUUCCAAUAAAAAUAUGCGAGUCGAGGUUGGAUG